AUGGCGGAAAGCCAUCUGAAUGCUCAAGCGAAUGGCCGGCCAAAUGGUCAGACGAACGGCCAGGCAAACGGCCAGGCGAGUAGCCAGCCGAAUGGCGAUGGUCAACACGAACCGGGGGAUGGUUCAUUCCCGAUCACAACGAUCGACAGCUCGGUCGUGGGAAACACCGCCGCACCCCUCAUUCGCGACGAAGAGGGGAUAAUAGACUGUUUGUUCAACGUAGAAGGUCUAUUCAACCUUCUGCUGGAGGCAGUACCCGCCUCCAGCACCAGCGCGGGUGUGGCAGAGGUGGAGGAGCUGCGCUCUGAGCUCCAGAGCCGCCUGCGGAUGCUCAAAGAGCUGCUAUAA